GCGUUGGAUUAUAAGUUAACUACAGAUGCACGAACGUACUCACACUGACAACGGAAAUUGAAGACGUUCGUUUUAGGCUCGAGUGUUGCUAGGCCAUUUUCGCUGCCGCAGAUAUUCCGAAUCGACUGUACCGACUGAACUACAGUCGGCUGCUACGUUACGAGUUGUGCGGAGUUUUGCUUCAGUCAGUUCAGUUCGCGAGAAGCUCUUGGGUUGGACGCAACGUCGCCGAAAAUUAAUCGCUGUAGACAUCAGUUAACGUGAUUCUACAUAAUUAAUCAUGGCUAUUUCACUUACGACCGAGGACAAGUUGGAGUAUCAGUUCUACCCGGUGACCGGUGGACAAAUUCAAUUCCGUGUCAAAGCUCCGCACGACGCUCACAUCACGCUCACCACUGGACCUUUCGAGAACAAUCCUAUGUGGGAGGUAUUUAUCGGCGGCUGGAAAAACUCGAAAUCGGUGAUCCGCAAGAACCGUACGAAACCCGACGUGACCGAGGUUAACACGUUCGAUUUUCUCUCUUCUAACGAAUACCGUGGCUUCUGGAUCAGAUGGAGCGGCGGAUAUCUGACCGUGGGUAAAGAGGGCGAAUUUGAGCCUUUUAUGAGUUACGUCGAUCCUGAUCCAUUUGAUAUUGGCUACUUUGGUGUCUGCACGGGCUGGGGUGCUACUGGCGAGUGGCUUAUCGAAGAUCCAGGGCAGCCAGAACCAUCGGCACCAUCCGCAUAUCAGGUGGGCAGCAGUAUUGGUACUGCCUGGCUGGAUGCCGCGUCCGGUGCGAUACCUCCCGAUGCUGUGGUAGGUGGUGAAGACGACGAGCCAUUCUACGUAGGCCGAGCUACACACGAAGGUGCAACAUUGCCCGGGAAGGUCAAACCGAGCCACGGAGUUUGUUAUGUUCCGUGGGGUGGCGCCGAGCACGCCAAGGACAAUUACCAGGUGCUGUGCGGAUGCAAUCCGAUUUGGGUGCCAGUGAGCGGCAACAAUAUCCCACCGAAUGCGAUCCCAUCUGGCGAGAGCGAAGACGGGGAGACAUUGUUUGUCGGGCGUGUCAACCAUGAAGGUACUUUGACGAUUGGCAAGAUACAGCCCAGCCAUGGCACUUGUUACAUACCUUAUGCUGGGCAGGAGUUAUCUUUCACCGACUACGAAGUCCUCACAAGUUAAAGCUGCCGAUAGCCUGCGUUUAAGUAAACUGCAAUUGUCGCUGCAUCCUUGUAACACUGUCUCAGCUCUUAUUAGUUUGUUUGCUUUCAUGUCGGCUUACGUUAUAUUCCAACCAUACAUACGCAUACACAUACACAUACACACACACAUACAUAUACAUAUACAUACACAUACACCUAGCUUCUUCCUUCCUAUUAUAAUACUUCCCGUCGAGAAAACUUGUCAGGGGCACUGCUUCGAGUACUUGUUCAUUCCAACAUUGAUUGUUCGGUUAUUAUAUUUUAUUUAUAUUCAAAGCACCACACGCCAAAGCCUUCAACUAUCUAUUUCAUGGAGAAAAGCUAUACACUACACCGACAAUGUAUUUCGCGCAAACUGUGAUUCUUUCUAGAUCUGAAAUUUAAGGUUAUAUUACAGAUAUUAUGUACUCAAUAUGCCUUAACCGUACUAUUGUAACGCCUAAAUUAUUAUGUACGUCAAUUGAUCACCAACCAUAGCUGUACAAUUUAUUGAGUGAUGGAUUCUCGUGAAAGUCGCACUAAUUAUAUGAUACAGCGGUAUGCAUGUUUAAUUAUAAUCAAUUCAAUCCGUCGACGAACGCGAAUCUGAGAUAUUAUAUUAUUAUAAAUAUCGUUAUGCAUUUGGCUGGACUAUGAAUGCGUCUAUUAUAUAUACAAAGCCUUUUUAUAAAUUAUAUUUUUGAUCAUUGUACGCUUGCAAUAAAAACUUAUCUGG